AUGCCGUCCCUCCGUUCCUGGGCCGUGGCGGCCUUGACCCUCGCUCGGACCGUCCUAGGUGCCCCGUCGCGCGUUGACCCCCGCGCCGACGUCGGCACCUGGCUGGACUCCGAGGCCGCCGUCGCCGUCGAACGCAUUCUUAGCAACAUUGGCAGUUCUGGCCAGUACGCCGCCAGCGCCAAGUCGGGCAUUGUCAUUGCCUCGCCGAGCACGUCCAACCCCGACUACUACUACACGUGGAGUCGUGAUGCUGCCCUUGUCAUGAAGACGCUUAUCGAGGUCUUCCGCAACGGCGACGCCAGCGUCCAGUCCGCCAUUACGCACUACAUCGACAGCCAGGCGACUCUCCAGACCGUCUCCAACCCGUCUGGCCAGUUGUCCGACGGCUCCGGUCUUGGCGAGCCCAAGUUCAACGUCGACGAGACCGCCUUCACUGGAUCCUGGGGCCGCCCCCAGCGUGACGGCCCUGCCCUGCGUGCCACGGCGCUCGUCGGCUUUGGCAACUGGCUGCUCGACAACGGCUACGCCAGCUAUGCUACGGCCAAUGUCUGGCCCGUCGUUCGCAACGAUCUGGCCUACGUCGCCCAGUACUGGAACCAGACCGGCUACGAUCUCUGGGAGGAGGUCAGCGGCUCGUCCUUCUUCACCGUGUCCGCCCAGCACCGCGCUCUGGUCGAGGGCAGCGCCUUUGCCACCCGCGUCGGGUCCUCGUGCCCGAGCUGCACCGCCAUUGCGCCCCAGAUUCUGUGCUAUAUGCAGUCCUUCUGGACCGGCAGCUACAUGAACGCCAACUUUGGCGGCGGCCGCACCGGUAAGGAUGCCAACACGGUCCUCGCCAGCAUCCACGCCUUUGACCCGACCGCCGCCUGCGACGACGCCACCUUCCAGCCCUGCUCCUCGCGCGCUCUUGCCAACCACAAGGUCUACACCGACUCGUUCCGGUCUGUCUACGCGCUCAACUCUGGCAAGGCCGAGGGUGUUGCUGUUGCCGUUGGCCGCUAUCCCGAGGACUCGUACUACAACGGCAACCCCUGGUACCUGACCACACUCGCUGCCGCGGAGCAGCUGUACGACGCCCUGUACACCUGGAACCGCAUCGGCUCCCUGACGAUCGACAGCACCUCGCUCGCCUUCUUCAAGGAUCUCUACAGCAGCGCUGCCGUCGGCACCUAUAGCGCCACGUCCGCCGCCUACGCCUCCAUUGUUGCUGCUGCCAAGACUUACGCCGACGGCUACGUCAGUAUCGUGGAAACGUACGCCAUGGCCAACGGGUCCAUGUCAGAGCAGUACGACAAGUCGUCCGGCUCGCCGCUGUCCGCCCGCGACCUGACCUGGUCCUACGCCGCGCUGCUGACCGCCAAAAUGCGCCGCGACUCCGUCGUCCCGCCGUCCUGGGGCGAGACGUCCGCUUCCAGCGUGCCCUCUGUCUGCUCUGCGACGUCGGUGUCUGGCUCGUACAGCACGGCCGCCGUCGGAUCGUGGCCGUCCAGCCUGGCCAGCGGCACCGCGACGACCUCGCCGACCUCGACGUCGUCCGGCACGGGCGGUGCCACCUCGACUUCCACCACUUCCACCACUGCUUGUACCACCCCGACGGCUGUCGCCGUCACCUUCAACGAGAUCGCCACCACGAGCUACGGCGAGAACGUCUUCUUGACGGGCUCCCUUUCUGUCCUCGGCAACUGGGACACCAGCAGCGCCAUUGCCCUGAGCGCGGCCGACUACACGUCGAGCGACCACAAGUGGUUCGUCACCCUCAACCUGCCCGCCGGUACCACGUUCCAGUACAAGUACAUCCGCAAGGAGGCCGACGGCUCUGUUGUCUGGGAGAGCGACCCCAAUCGCUCCUACACUGUGCCCAAGGGCUGCAACACCGCCACGGCCACGGAAAACGACACUUGGCGAUGA